CCCAGAUCAACAGCUCAUGCAGAACGAUUGCAGGCGCGCUGGAGCUUGAGAGGCGCAUGGGACGCUGUUCAAUCUCCAGUCUUUCAGAUUAGCACAGGGGUUUAGUCUGUUCACUUCUCCAGCGGAAGGCUGUUUAGAGCAGUAGACUUGUUUGGAGCGCUCCUGCGUAUACCCGCUUUAUAUGUCCUGACCAGGGACCUGUAGACUGUCGUCCCCUGCACGAGUGAAAAGCAGCAACCAGGGAUCGUGCAGGGAAAACUGGAGGCACAGCCGCGGCCUUGACCACCUACAGCCACCAUGUCAACGUUGGCAGCCGCUCGGGCGGACAACUUCUACUUUCCGCCAGAAUGGACGCCAGAGCAGGGCGGCCUCAACAAGUUCCAGGGCCAGCACCCGCUCCGAGAGCGUGCCAAAAAGCUCAAAUCAGAGGGCAUACUGGUUGUCAGGUUCGAGAUGCCCUUCAAGGUCUGGUGCGAGGGGUGUGGGCAUCUGAUUGCAACUGGGGUCCGCUUCAAUGCCGAGAAGAAGCAGAUUGGCAACUACUUUUCAACGAAGAUAUGGUCCUUUGUUAUGAAGAGUCCGUGCUGCCAGACCGAGAUUGAAAUCCAGACGGACCCAAAGAGUACCCAGUACAUAGUAGUUCGUGGCGCCAAGCAGAAGGUGGAAACAUACGAUGCCGCAGAUGCAGGCACUGCAGAACUCAACAUUCAGGAAGACCGUGAGAAGCUGGCGGACCCCUUCUUCAAGCUGGAGCAUGCUGGCGACGACGUGCGGAGGGCCCGAACGGCAGUGCCUCUGCUGACGCAGCUGAAGAACGACAGCGACGCAAAGCACGCGGAUCCGUUCGCUCGAAACAAGGCGCUGCGAAAGCAACUAAGAGAGCAAAAGAAGCGGGUAGCCGAGGAGACGGUAGAAGCGCGGAAAAAGGGGCUUGGUUUGCGAUUACUCCCCGCUGCCAAAGAAGAUGCGGAAGCCGCCGCUCGGGUCCGAUAUGGGGUGUCGAAUAAGUCUGGCUUUGACGAGAAUAGGCGAAAGCGGAGGGCGGCGAUCAGAGCGUCGUCCAUAUUCCAGGCUUCGAGUUCAGGGAAGGAAGGGGUGAGUGGAAAGGCGAGAGUAGAGCUUCCUGAUGAGAAGCGGAGAAAAGCCGAUUUGCUCGCAAAGGAAAAAAGCAUAGAUGCGUUUGGUGUUUCUAGGUUGCUCUCAGGGAAUGUGAAAAGGACGCAUCAAGGAGAUGCGAGCAGACCGUCCAAGAAACAGGCAAGCAUGACAAGCCUGAGAGCCGUCUCAUGAGUGGUCGCUUGUCUGCUGUUAAAUUUGUACAGAUUGUAUAUACGCUGUCAAGCCUUCAAUAGAAGCGUUUCCAGAACUUGGCUGGCCAUCCUUGUGUAGCUGCAGAAUCUUGAUCGGGGGGCGUCCUAGGGUACGCGCAUGCAAGAAUUUGAGAAAUUAUGUUUGCGAUCAUCCGAACAGCAGCUGCGUCACCCAUCAAAUGCAUUAAAUCUGAUUUGCGAGG